AUGUCAAAGCCCUCACUCAUCUUCGCCCCGGGCGCGUGGUACCCGCCCACAGCAUUCGACCCUACUAUCACCAAGCUGAACGAGCUUGGCUACAGCCACUGUCACACCGUGGCGUUUCCCUCCGUGCAGCAGGCCGCCAGUGUCAAAGACCUCAAACCAGACAUCGAGGCGGUGCGGGCGCUAGUCGCACAGGAGGCGGACGCGGGGCGCGACGUGAUUGUCGUGUCGCACAGCUGGUCCGGGCUACCAGUGAAUAGCGCGCUGGACGGGCUGAGCCGGGAGGAGCGCGAGGAGGAGGGCAAGGCGGGGGGGGUGGUGAGGCUGGUGUUUGUGGCGGCUUUUAUUCCUAAUAUUGGCGAAAGUCUGAUUGGGGCGUUUGGGGGGACGCCGCCGCCGUGGUACGUUCUUGAUGAGGCAAGUGGGACUCUGACGACCACGGAUCCAUAUACACUGUUCUUCCAUGACGUGCCCGAUGGCAAGGAGUGGGCUGCGGCUCUGAAGCCUCACUCGUGGGUCACGAAGAAUACGCCCUCGACUAGCGCUGCGUACUUCUUCAUCCCAACGUACUACCUGCUGUGCGAGGAGGACCGUGCGAUUCCCCUGGCUGUGCAACAGGUCAUGGUCGACCGGGCCCGGCGAAAGGGCGCCGAGAUCGAGACAGAAAAGAUCAACACGGGGCAUACGCCGUGGCUUGCAGCUCCGGAGAAGUUUGUGGCCUACAUUCGGCGACAGGCUGGUGAAGAGGUUUGA